CAAAAAGAAAAAAAAAUCGAGUCCGCCCAGCUCCUCACUGCCCCUCCUCCUCGUCCUCCUCCUCCUCGGCCCACCCGCAAGAGAGAGAGAAUCUCUACCCCCGGAAGAGAAGAAACAACAGGCGUACGCAGAAGAAAGGGAAGCUCUGUUUCGCGCUAAAAGCGAGCGAUUCCGCUAGCUCCGCUGCCCAAACAUUGGCGAUUCAGCAGGACCCCUCUCCUCAAUCUUCAGGGGGGGCGCUCUGCUCUUCUUCCGCAGAUCUGAUCUCCUGAUCUCGUUUCAUGCCCUCGUUCGGGCCGGAGCAAGAUGGGGAUUGUGUUCACGCGGAUGUUCUCGUCCCUGUUCGGCAACAAGGAGGCCCGGAUCCUCGUGCUCGGGCUCGACAAUGCCGGGAAGACCACGAUCCUCUAUCGCCUGCAGAUGGGUGAAGUUGUUUCCACUAUUCCAACGAUUGGAUUCAAUGUGGAAACCGUCCAGUAUAACAAUAUCAAGUUUCAAGUCUGGGAUCUCGGUGGGCAAACAAGUAUCAGGCCAUAUUGGAGAUGCUAUUUUCCAAACACUCAAGCCAUUAUCUAUGUGGUUGAUUCAAGUGACACCGAUAGGCUUGUGAUAGCAAAAGAAGAAUUUCAUGCUAUCUUGGAGGAAGAAGAGUUAAAAGGGGCUGUUGUCCUGAUUUAUGCUAACAAGCAGGAUCUUCCCGGAGCGCUUGAUGACGCUGCAAUAACUGAAGCAUUGGAGUUGCAUAAGAUCAAAAGUCGCCAAUGGGCUAUCUUUAAAACUUCUGCUAUUAAAGGGGAGGGCCUUUUUGAGGGCCUUGACUGGUUGAGUAAUACACUGAAGUCGGGAGGAGGCUAAGGUCGAUUAUGGUUUGUCGAGAGAUGAAAAUUCAGCCAUUGCCGAGCAUGAAAUAGAAAGGGUCUAGUCUUUACUUGGUUAAACUUGAUGAUUGAGUUUGACAUUCAUCCACUCAAAUGAUAUAAUCUGAUGUACUGAUUUUAGGGAGUUUUGGGUGACUUUCCAGAAUUGUGAAACUUUCAUCAAGCACAUGAACAAAUGGCUCUCACUUUUCACUUGUUGCAUUUUUCCUUUCAAUUGUGUAAUCUCGUCAUUCAUUUUGUCCUUCA